AUGGAAUGUCAAGAACCAAUAAAAGAUUUGUCAUUUAUUUCAAAUAAAAGAUCAAUACCCUGGAUUGAUAUUAAAAUGUCCGAAGGUGAUUUUGAUAAAUCAUUUUCAACUUUAAUCUCAAAAUUAGGUCAUCCUGUUGAAGAAAUUCGUCUUCGUGCACUUGAAAAUUUUCAAGCUAAACUUGAUUUAAAAAUUAUUUCUGAUGUUGAUAUACUUCAAUAUAAAUAUUUAUAUAUUAAAUUACUUGAAUGGUUUAAUUUUUCAUCACCUCCAAAGCGUGACGUUGUGCUUGAUAUAAUUUUACAACUUUCUAAAAAUGAAUCAGCAGCAUAUAAUCUUCAUUCAAUUGGUGCUGUGGAUUUUUUGAAUGCACUUCGAAUUGAUUUAACACCUGAACUUGAACGUCGUGUUGAUCAAAUUCUUGAAAAUAUUCUUUCACAACAUUUUACUACACAAUCAACAUCAAAUCUUAGUCGAUCAAAUUCAUCAUCAUGUCAACUUGUACGAUCAAAUAUUCAAAUGGAAUCAAGAAAUUCAACAAUGUUUCAAUCACCAAUAUUUAAUUUAAGUUCACAACAAACAGAUUUAUCAUUUCAUCGACAUGAUAUAACUAAUUCUGCAUUACAAAAUUUAUCAAAUCAAUCAGGAAUGAAAGGAAUAUUAAAAAUAACUACUGCACCAUCGAUUGGUAAUCUAUUGUCGACGACUGAAGAUAAUCAAAAUGGAUCAACAUGUCAAUUUAUAACAUUAUUUCCAUUAAUUUAUUUAACACACUCAGAUCGAACUGUUCUUACGAAUUUAGAAAAUGCUCUUUUAUUACGAGAUGAUUCUUCCAUUGUUAUUAGUCAUUGUCAUUUUUUAUCAAAUGUUGUUCUUAAUGAUUUUCCUGCAGAACUUUUCUUACAAAGAUCAUUUAUUAUUAAACGUUUACUUGCUUUACUAAAUGAAAAUAACGAUGAUCUUAUUAAAGCAUCACUUUCAUGUUUAAAAGAUUAUUCCGUUAAUUUACAAAGACGAAUUAAAAUUCUUCGAGAUCCAGCUUGUUUUUGUCCAAAUCAUCAUUCAAAUAGAGAUGGACUAAAAGAACAAAUUCUUGAUGAUUUGAAUAAUACCAUGACAAGUGCCCGAUCUGUUUCUUCAAUUAGUUCAGCAACAUCAAAUGGUUAUCGUCAUCCAUCACAAUGGUCAUUAAAAUAUGAUGAAUCAUCACCUCAAUUAGAUCAACCAUCAUCAUUUGAUAUAUUAGAUUUUUGCUAUGCAAUAUUACUUGGAACAUUGGAUUUAUUACGUCGAUUAACACUAAAAGAUUGUCUUCAUGUAUGUUUACAAUUAAAUAAUUCUAUAUGUCAUAUUAUUGAUCUAUUUGUUAAACAUAAUUAUGGAACAAUGAAUUUUGAAUAUUAUUCUGUACUAUUUUAUCGAUUACAUUCAUUAAUUAAACAACAAUUAAUAAUUGGUUAUACAUUUCAAUGUCGAACAAUAUAUAUACAUAGUUUACAUGUUUUUUCAACACUUUUACAUACAAUACAAUGGUCAGAUGAAAUUGUUAAUCAAUUACCGCAAGAAUUUAAUGAAUUAGUUUAUUAUAUUUUAAUGGAUGAAUGUUUCAAUUUAUCAUAUCCGCAUAUAAAAGAACGUUUAUUAUCAAUAGCCGAAAAAUUUGAUAAAGAUAAUUAUCAAGUUUAUAUGAAAUCAAAUGAAAUUUGUUGUUCAUUUUCAGCUGCUUGUCAAGUUUUAACAAUUGAUGAAAAUAAAACUCAGAACUUUAUGGAUAUUGUUAAGAAUGCUAAUGAAGCUUUAUUAGGUUUACCUUAUCAUUUAAAUUUUAAUGUUGUUAAACGUUUUGUUAAUAUUUGUUCAAAAAUCUCAGCAGACAAUUCGAAAUGUGAUUUAUCUGAAAAGAAUUUUUCACUUGAUGUUUUAAUUAAAUAUAUGACACAUGAACUAGCUGAAAUACGUACAGCUGUUUAUUGUUCUAUAGCAAUGCUUGUAGCAAGUCGUCUGUCUGUUGAAGAAACAGUUAAAACAACUAAUAAAUUAAAGAAAAAACCAACUAUAGCUGCAAAUUUUGAUGAUACACAAUUUGUAUGUAAUAUUCGAAUAAUGACUGAAUUAUGUGCUAACGGUAUGAAUGAUUUAGCAACAAAAGUUUCGGAUUAUUCUCGAUUAAUUCUUCUUCAUCUUCUUCAAUCAAAAUUAUUAGUAUCGAAUGAAUAUUGGAAUAAUGUUAUGACGAUUAUUGCUAUACUUUUACCACAAUUACAAUGUUAUAGUAAUAAAAUUGAUCCACUUGGUCAAUGUAUUUUGGCUUUAACAUCAGAUACUGAACGAGAAAACGAGUCUUUAUUAACAUUAAAUCAACGUCUUCAAGCAGCACUUCGAUAUUUGUUUUCAAAAGAUAAAGAUGUUCGAAAAACAGGUUAUCGUCAAUGUGUUGGUUAUUUAUUAUCAAAUACUCGUAUAAGACUUGAUGAUUUCUAUCAAUUUUAUCCAGCUGAUAAAUUAUUUGAUUUAUUUAUAACUGCACAACCAACAAAUAAUGCAGAAAUUUUAACAAAAGAAUAUGUUAAUGUUGAAAAUUUUCUUCGCGUUUAUACAAUAUUUACUGAUCGAAAUAAAAUUGAAGCAAAUGUUCGUAAAUCAGCACUUGAACAAAUGUCAAUGAUGUUAAAUGAUCCAUCAUUACAUUCAUCAUUUCUUAAUCAUGGUGGUUUAGAAAGAAUUCUUGAAGAAUUAAAAUUAAAUUUAAAACGUGAUGAUAUUGUUUGUUCAACGGAUUAUACUUCAACUGUUCCAGUAUGUACAAAAAUAAUUCGAUUAUUAAUACAAUAUAAUAGAAAUUUACAAAGGAAAUUUUCAUUAGAUAAUGAUUUACUUAAAUUUUUAUUUAAAAUAAUUGUUUGUUGUCAUAGUGAUCUUGAAGUCGUUUCAAAUUUAACUCAUACAUUUGUAUUACUUCUUUUUGAUCGAACAUUACAUAUGAAUUCAUUAACAGAUCAAGAAUUUCAACAACAAACAUUUUCUAUUGAUUUUCUUUUAGCUAAAAAUUUUCAAUUUCCAAUUCGUGUUCCAGUUCAAACAUCAACUUCAUCAAUAAUAACUACAGCACUUAAUCGUCCUGAUCCAUUACGAGAACCCAUUGUUCAACAAAAAUUUCGUUUUGUUUGGAACACAUUAUGGCAUGGAAAUGUUCAACAAUUAGAUCGUGAUAUGGAUACACUAUCAUUUAAUAAUGAUCAACAAGUCGAAUUUCAAACUAGUAUGAUAUUAAAUGAAAAUGAUCGGAAAUGUUUUUCAUUAACAUAUACACGACGAACUAUUCGUCUUCAAUUAAAUUUAUUAAAUGAAUCAAAUAACCAUGAAUCAGUUAUUGAAACAUUAAAUGCAAUAAGAUGUCUUCUUUUACUUGUGACACAUGAUAAUGUUCAUUUAAUUGAUUUUAACCAAUUAGGAGCAAUACUUGAUAAAUAUUUUAAAGUGGUUCCAUCAUCAUGUCAAGACGAAAAACUUCUUCAAUCAGUAUUCGAACUUCUUGAACAGAUCUCCUAUGGUUUACAUCUAUCAAUAGAAAAUGCUGAUCAUCAAUUUUUCAAUUGGUUUAAACAUAUAUUAUUACAUCCUUUUAUAUCAUUACUUGCAUCAAAUAAAGAUUUUAUUGAAAUGCGACAAACAAAAAGAGAUUUAUUAAAAAAACUAUUUCGAUUUUUAUCAUCAUUUUAUUCACAUUCAAUUGUGUCAUCGGAAUUUUUUACUGAUAAACUUUUUUCAAAUAUUUUAACUUAUGUACAACAAAGUAGUAGUCAUACAUUUUCGAAAUUAACAUUAAUAACUGGUGCUAUGGAUGUUUUACAUCAUAUUACGUCAAAAUCGAAAUGGUUUGUCAUAUUUGAUAAUGAAUAUCUUCAACAAAUGGCUGAUCUAUUGAUUGCCAAAACAUCAGUUUGUACAUCAGUUACCGGAGCUAGUUUACAGAUACCAUUAGCUCAAAAAGCUUAA